ACUAAUAUUGUAAACCUUCAAAUUUUAUCAUUUGUAUUGCAAACUGCAAAACUUUUUCAAGUGUAAAGGACAUUAGAUUGUAGAUGAGACCGAUCAGACUUCCAGAACCUCCGAAUGGGUCAUCCGGCGUGCCGGAGAUUUUCGACGGCGGGAUCUACUGCGCCAUCAGGAGGGCCGUCGUGAUCGGGAAUGGCUUCCCCGGCGCGGAGAAUCAGUGUCUUGGUUUGGUCCGAGCCCUCGGCCUUUCAGGUCGGCAUGCUCUUUACCGGGUCAUGAGGCCAAGGGGAGGGAUCAAUGAGUGGCUUCACUGGCUCCCAGUUUCUGUCCACAAGAAACUGGACUUGUUUAUCAAGCAAAUUUUUGGUGAUUCUAGCAGAAAAGUUGAAGGGAAGAAUGGAAUGCCUCUGCUGGCCAAGAAAACUGGCUUAUCACAUGUUUUAGAAGCUGAUGCAAAGCAGAUUGCAAAAGUGGCACGUGAAACAUUUGAUAUGGAUGGCCCAUUGCUCGUAAUUGCAUCUGGCAGAGAUACAAUUUCGGUUGCUAGCUCGAUUAAAAGGUUUGCUCCAGAAAAUGUUUUUGUUGUCCAGAUUCAACACCCGAGGUCCCGGUUAGAUAGAUUUGAUUUGGUUAUUGCUCCUCGUCAUGAUUAUUACCCUUUGACUCCUCAUGCACGACAACAGAUUCCUUGGUUGCUUCGCCAGUGGAUUACUCCUUGUGAACCUCCUGGAAAAAAUGUGGUUCUUACUGUAGGAGCUCUUCAUCAGGCUGAUUUUGCUGCACUUAGGAGUGCAGCCUCUACAUGGCAUAAAGAAUUGGCUUCUCUUCCAAAACCACUCCUUGUGGUUAAUAUUGGAGGUCCAUCAAGCAAUUGUCGCUAUGGCAUCGAUCUUGCAAAGCAGUUAGCUACUAUGCUGCAAAACAUUCUUUGGAGCUGUGGAAGUGUUAGGAUCUCAUUUUCACGUCGAACCCCGGAGAAGGUAUCCAAUCUCUUGGUUGAAAAAUUCAGUACCCAUCCUAAAGUCUACAUAUGGGAUGGUGAAGGACCAAAUCCGCAUCUCGGGCAUCUAGCAUGGGCUGAUGCUUUUGUAAUAACAGCCGACUCAGUAAGUAUGUUGAGUGAGGCUUGCAGUACUGGGAAACCCGUUUAUGUGAUUGGAGCUGACCGAUGCAUGUGGAAGUUUGCAGACUUCCAAAAAUCUCUUACCGAACGAGGAGUGGUCAGGCCGUUCACUGGUAAAGAAGAUGUAUACCUGAAGAAGCCCUUCCUGAUAGAUUGAUCUCUCGCUUAACAGAUAUCGGAAAGUUGGAGCUACUCUCCUCUCAACGACACUACAGAGGCUGCAAAUUGGGUAAAUUCUAUACUCGCUACACGCGGGUGGAGAAUUCAUACAUCGACUAUAUGAAACCAAGGCCUAUUCCUAACAAGAGUUUCCCACACCUGCCUGGAUUUUUUCCCAUCUCCAGGCAGUUUUUCAUGCAUUCAUUCAUUUGGUUGCUGACCCCCUUAUCCGGUUUCUUGUGUUGAGGACGAGUAACAUUUCCCCCUUCCAAUUUGUCCCUGGAGCAUCUGAAUAAACACAGCUACAAAGUUGUUUACAGGAUAAUCUAGCAAUUGUUUUGUCCUGGAUCUAUGGUUACUGAAAUUUAUAUGGAGUGGGUUAUUGUUCAUAGCUUGCCCAUUCUAAUAAGCAAUGUACCCUAGUUCUAGAACUAGCUUAACAUCUUUGUCAUCAUUGUAACUUAAUGAGCUCAUUAGAUAUAAGAUUUAGUCUGUUUUCCAAGAUUAAAUAUAUGAUAUUUAAACUUUUUAUC